AUGGUCACAAUCAACAUUGCCUAUACAGCCCCGAUCAACCCGGCCGGGGUCGAGCCAAAGCUCAACCAAGCCCAGAUCUGGGCCGGACUGGAGCGCAAGGUGCGGCACGCAGAAGAGUUUGUGGCAAUCAUCGUGGCCUGCGACGUCGUGUCCGAAGGGCAGACGGCCAAGGGCUUCUCUACCGUCACCCGCGACGUCACCUUCAAGGGCGCCCCGGCGCCGGUCCGCGAGGUGUGCACCCACUAUGCGCCCUCGCGCGUCGACUUUGAGCAGGACAAUGGCAGCUUCAUUAGCAACAUUGUAAGCAAGGGGCCCGACGGCGAGCUGCUCAUGACGUACUCGUUUGCCUGGGCGCACCCCGACCUUGCCGACGGCAGCCCCGAAGUCGAGAAGCUGGAGGCUGAUCAUUGGAAGACGGCAAAAAUAGCUGUCGAGGGCAGCAUCAAUACGAUUCGGCGACUGGUGAACGACAAGACGAUACAGUGA